CUUGAAACAGUUAAAACUGCUGUUACUAAUAUGUCCUAUCGCAAACGAACACGUACAUAUUGAUUGCGUGACUACCCACGCUAAACAUACACGUGACCAGCUUUGUUGUCAAGACACAACAAGGAAGUGAGACGCCCUCUGCUGUGUGUGUCAAGAUGGCGACUGCUAAAAGGCUGGAAGACAAUUACCUGACCUGUGUCAUCUGUUCAGAGGUGUUCACAGACCCUGCCACGCUUCAGUGUUGUCACACAUUCUGUAAGACAUGUCUGCUGAAAUACACCAAAACACAGCCUGAAGCAAUGCAAGACAAAUGCAUCCCGUGUCCCUCCUGUAGACAGCUGACGAAGGUGACCAAAUCCUGCCAGACCAGUAAAGGAGUGGGUCAGUCAGCUUAAACCAAACCACAUUAUACAGAGUCUGAUGGACGAUUUUGGACAAAGUUCUACAAAAAUGGACUCGUGCAAUGUUUGCAGACACGACGGGAAAACAACCCCUGCCACGUCCUGGUGCUCUGUCUGCAAUGACGCCUUCUGUAGUGAAUGCCUCAAGCUACACAACAAAAUGCCAAAUCUACGAGACCAUGAAAUAGUUGAUUUACUAACACAAGGAAGAAGAAAAUCAGCACCUCAUCCAAUGUGUAAAUUACACAAAGACAAACGAAUUGAACUAUUUUGUAAAGAUUGCAAAGUAGCUCUAUGUACUCUCUGUUGUAGCAUAAAACACAGGAAAUGUGAUGAUGUUGAUACAAUUGAACACAUGAACCCACUUGUAAAAGAAGAACUUUUGCAAAAAACUAGACGAUUAAAGGGAAAUGUGAAAUCUACAGCUAGGGUGAUGUCAAUGGCACAAUCCCAGAUUAAGGAGUUGACCCGAAAUGCGGAAAACGUGAAAACACAAAUCAGAGACACCCACAGGGCUGCUACAGAAGUGCUGAUGAAGAAGAAAAAGGAACUGAUGGACCAGGUCGACCGAUCAACUGACAGAAACAUACAAGAACUGAAAGCAUUCAUCAAAUCUCAGGAGAUUGACCAACAGAUGUACCAGCAGGAAGCAGAGUUUGUGGAGAAAGCUGUGACGACAGAGUCUGUGGCAGACAUGUACGACGUCUACGAGUCGGCAGCGGAAUCUAACACAGACACAGACACAGAUGCUGUCAGUAGACCAACCUCCGAGAGGGUUAUUUUCACACAUGACAUGGACGAGGUGAGAGCAUCUGUGGAGGAUAUACAGCUGGGCCAUAUUGACAUAGUGAAGGAUGUAAGUGACAGGACGUCUUCACCUCGUCUGUAUCACACAGUUGACUGUCACACAGAGAAUGUGCUUAAUUUUGUUAGAGAUGUCACAGUGUUGACAGUUGCUUGUGAAAAGGUCAUUGUUAUAACAGAUUCUGGUAAUAAUGUUAAGGCAUUUUAUGGUUUAAAAUCAAAACCACACCACAAAUGUCUAACUCUAUCAUGUAAACCAUAUCGAUUAGCUAAGAUGAGUGACAGCCAGGUUGCUGUUAGUGUCCCUGACAAGAAGAUGAUAGCGAUGAUUGGCUUCAACCCUGACCCUGUACUGCUGUCAACCAUGACAACGAAGCACAAACACUUGGCCCUAGCAUUCUUGAGUCAGUCACAACUACUAGCGAGUAACAGCGAAGUCAAACACUCUCUGGAUAUUCUGGAUAUGUCAGGCAAUGUACUGAAGUCUGUCAACACGGGUAUCGUACCGCUUGCAGAUUUCAUCCAUGUCACCAGAGGGAAUAAUGUGUUAGUUAGUGCCGGAGGAGUGGCCUCCCUUGUAUGUGUGACCGGUGAAGGAGAAGCUGUUUUCACCUACACUCCCACAGGAGACAGGGCUCUGAGAUAUCCUCAUGGUAUCGCAACAACCAGUACAGGAGACAUCCUACUUGCAGACUGGGACUCCCGCAAGGUGAUUCAGCUGACAGAGUCGGGGCAGUUUGUGAGGGAUGUUCUCACAGAUCAGGAGGGCCUGCAAUGUCCUUCUGGUAUCUGUCUGGACAGCGACGGCUUGCUGUAUGUCUCCUGUCUCAAUAAUGUGAAAGUGUUCAAAUUCACCCAAUAGGAUAAUGUCAUUAACCAUCACAAUUAAAACCUGAUAGACUCGAAUGGCAUAGAUAACAAUGUUGGACCACUCAGUGGACCUGAGAAUAAUGCAUGGAUGAAGAUGAAGCAAGGAAGCCUACCGGGACAGGGCCACAGGAUUCAGUCUGCAAGCAUGAAAGACGCAAAUGCUGAAGGCAGUCGUGUUGUACAGAGCUGACAGCUCUUGUUUCUAAAACUAUUGUGAUUCUGUUCCUUACCUGAACCUGAUCAAGCAUCACAUCAGAAUGAUAUCUAACACCCUCUGUAUUUGAGUCUUUGACCUACAAAUUUGGAGCAUA